AUGGCAAGGAAAAUGGUCGUCCGACCCAGCUUGGCCGCCCGAAUCAUAUCAAGAACCUUGGCCUGGUUCUCUCCAUCCAAAGAUGACGUGGAUGUCGUAGUCCGAGAUGGCUUGGUUUCCAUACCGGAUGUUCUCUGCGAUGGUGGCGUCGAAGAGGUUCCUAAAACAGAUGUUUAUGCACAACCAAAGGCGCAAAGUGAAAUUUCAGAUGUGGUCUACAAUUAUUGGCAGUUAGCUGCCAGUCACGGCCUCUCAUUCUUGAGGCCACUUAUCUCCUCACUCGCAGCCGUAAUGCUCAAGCACAAGCCAGACCGAAAAAAACGCAAGGAAUAUAUUGAAUAUUGUUUGGAAGUCCGGUCUCGUGACUGGAAAAAGACCGUAACCAGACCGGACCAAGACCGCAAAAGACCAGACCUGCGGUUACGGUCUUUUAUUUUUGAAAUGUAA